GCAUCCAUGAUGGCCCCAGAGGCCACAGCCACCACGAUGCCCAUGGCCACCAUGGAGAACUCCACCGAGGCCACGGGGCCGGGAGAGAGCAAGGAGGACAUGUUUGCCAAGCUGAGGGAGAAGUUCAUGAAUGAGCUCAACAAGAUCCCUCUGCCGCCCUGGGCCCUCAUCGCCAUCGCGGUGGUUGCUGGCCUCCUCCUCCUCACCUGCUGCUUCUGCAUCUGCAAGAAAUGCUGCUGCAAGAAGAAGAAGAACAAGAAGGAGAAGGGCAAAGGCAUGAAGAAUGCCAUGAACAUGAAGGACAUGAAGUCGGGCAACCAGGUGACAUCCUUCGGGGUGCUCCAAGGCUCUGCUGGUUUGGACGAUGAUGAUGCAGAGACAGGACUGACAGAGGGGGAAGGUGAAGAAGAAGAGAAGGAGCCAGAGAACUUGGGCAAGCUGCAGUUCUCACUGGAUUAUGAUUUCCAGGCAAACCAGUUGACUGUGGGGAUCCUCCAAGCGGCUGAACUGCCGGCUUUGGACAUGGGUGGCACCUCAGACCCCUACGUCAAGGUGUUCCUGCUCCCUGACAAGAAGAAGAAGUAUGAGACAAAGGUGCAGAAGAAGACACUAAACCCUGCCUUCAACGAGACCUUCACCUUCAAGGUCCCUUACCAAGAGUUGGGUGGGAAGACAUUGGUGAUGGCCAUCUAUGACUUCGAUCGCUUCUCCAAGCACGACAUCAUUGGUGAGGUGAAGGUGCCCAUGAACACGGUGGAUCUGGGCCAACCCAUUGAGGAGUGGCGGGACCUGCAGAGCGGUGAGAAGGAGGAGCCAGAGAAGCUUGGAGACAUCUGCAUCUCCCUCCGGUAUGUGCCCACGGCUGGCAAGCUCACUGUCUGCAUCCUGGAGGCCAAGAACCUGAAGAAGAUGGAUGUUGGGGGCCUCUCAGAUCCCUAUGUGAAGAUCCACCUGCUGCAGAACGGGAAGAGGUUGAAGAAGAAGAAGACCACAGUUAAGAAGAAGACCUUAAACCCUUACUUCAACGAAUCCUUCAGCUUCGAGAUCCCCUUUGAGCAGAUACAGAAAGUGCAGGUGGUCAUCACGGUGCUGGACUACGACAAGCUGGGCAAGAACGAAGCCAUCGGCAAGAUCUUCACAGGCUUCAACUCCACGGGCACGGAGCUGCGGCACUGGUCUGACAUGCUGGCCAACCCGCGGCGGCCCAUCGCCCAGUGGCACUCACUGAAGCCAGAGGAAGAAGUGGAUGCAGCUCUCGGGAAGAACAAAUAG